CAAUUUUCAAAACACCUCGAAUUAUUUAAAUUUCUUCUAUGUUUUAUAAUUUAUAUAUCUAUAACUGCAUACAAAUUAUCAUAUCGAUUUCAUUUCAUAACUGAUGUAUUCGAUUUUUUCAUAUUAUGCAUUCACAGUUAACAUUUUCCUUGUGAUUUAAGUGUUGUAACUGAACGUUAAAUCAUUUUACGAUGUCUUAUAUACAUCUAUAUUGAGAACCAAUUUUUAAUCCAUCAUUUAAGUGCAAUAAUGACAUCGUCAGAAGAUGUGCUCCUUCAAGUGGGGCCAGUGCGGCAUAAGAAAGGUGAUGGGACAUUAUAUGUAAUGAGUCAACAUGUUGCAUUUAUUCUAAAUUCUAGUGACACUGUUGCUAUAAGUCAUCAUUAUAGAGAUAUAAAAAUGCAAAAAAUAUCAUCAGAGUUUAAAAACAAAGUGCAAUUACAGUUGGUGUUUCAUGAUGAAACAAUUUCACUGUUUCAAUUUACAAAUUCUGAAAGGAGUGAAGCAAUGCGAGAUAGAAAUAGAGUUAAAGACUUAAUACAACAACUACUGCCAAAAUAUCAAAAACAAGCAAACAAAGAAUUUGGAGAAAAGAGCCGUAUUCUUGGUGAAAACCGUAUGCUUUUUCAAUUGUAUCAAGAUCUAGUCAUAACCCAUGUCAUAACAUCUGAAGAAUUUUGGUCACAACAUGUCCCUUACCAUUUAGCUACACAAUCCAAAGUAAUUACUCAAAAAACGGGUGUACCUAAUAAUUUUCUUACUAAUGUUACUGUCAAAAGUGAUGGUACAAAAAAAUUUAAUUUAUCUAAUGAUACUAUACAAUGUAUCUUUAAAACAUAUCCAGCAGUUCGACAAAAGCAUAUAGAAUAUGUACCACAUCAGUUAACAGAGUCUGCAUUUUGGCAAAAGUUCCUAGAAUCGCAUUACUUUCAUAAAGAUCGUAUAACUACAGGUAGUACUAAAGAUUUAUUUAAUGACUGUGCCAAGUUGGAUGAUAAUUUAUUUAAAAAUGAAAUAAAAGAUUUAUCUAAAAAUAGUUUAGAUUGUUAUGUUGGAAUGAUUGAAGAUGAUGGAUCUGAUGAUAAUAUAAAUUCUACAGCUGAAGAAAAAUCUUCUAUGGCUAACAUUGUUCAUGAAAAUAUAAUUAAACGAUUUAAUCAACAUUCAAUGAUGGUUCUCAAAACAUGUGAAAAAUCUAAUUCCAAUUCUAUAUCGAAUGGAAAUGAUAUAAAAGUGCCAUCUAAUUCAUCUCAUACUAAUGGUACACCGGACAAUGCAUUGAAAAGAUUAAAAAUUCAAGAAAAAAUUGGUUUUGAAGAUUUAAAUCCAGAAACAGAAAUUAUAGACAUAAAUCAAAAAAGAUUAAAAUUAUCUAGAGUAGAAAGUUACGUUAAUUGUUUAACAAGAGAACAAAAACAUGAUAAUACUAGUUCUAAACUCUCCAAAGCCAGAGAAGUACAGAAAAGUAUUAUUUAUGAUGUGUAUGAGUGGAGUAAAUCAACUUCAAAUCAAGUAAUUGAACCUAGUGCUGCAGUUAAUACUCUUGGACUGCUUACACCUGGUGGAAGUUUGAUGAAAGGAAUUAGUGACGAGUCAGCUUCAUUAGCACAGUUA